AUGACUUACCUUGGUGUGAUCAGUUUCUGCAGUUUCUGCACGGCCGAGGUUUGGAAACACCUUCAGAGUGUUCCGCAGAACAAGGUGCCGUUGUCUUCCGUGACCACUCCCAAGGCUGUGAAGGAUGCCUGGGCGGAGCUGCAAACGACUGGCUCCACUGAAGGUGUGACCAAGACGGCAGUGCUGAAGUCAGUUCUCGGCGAGAGAGCUGAUCUCUUCGAGUUUGCCGGUGACACCAUCGAGCUAACCGAGGCUGCCCAGAUGAUGAAUCCGACCGACGGCUUGCCAGACAACAUUCUGACAGUCGCUGGCGGCCUGGAGGGGUACGAGACCAAGGUUGCUGAGGAGGAGGUCAACAGCGUGGUGGUGGAUGCUGCUCCUGGAGAGGCACCUAGAGCCGUUGGCCAGGUUGGUGGCGGAAGAAAAGCGAGGAUGCGCACAAGCACCUACAUUCCGCCUGGCAAAGGCAAAGGCAAAGGCAAGACGGGCCUUUAUUCAGACAUGUUCUGGACGCCUCUGAUUGCCCAAGCUCUAGCGAUUGAGCGAAAGAAGGAUUCAGAAAUGGUCCGAGCGCUCUUUACAGCCAUUGAGCUGCACAGUGGCAAAUGCGUCACACUUUCGCAGUUGGGAUCGGACUUCAAAGUCUCCCAGCUGAAAAAGGACAACAUGUGGAAGAGCGUUAGAUUACUUGAUAUCCUUGAGGCAUACGAGGACAUCUUCGAGUUGGUUCCGGACAACACCAUGGGGGGAUGGCAGGUGAAGUUGCAGCCGGGGGCGGAAGCUGCGCUGCCGGAUGUAGAGGAGUAUAUGGAGCGGGAGAUUCGGGAGCAGGAUGCAUUGCCUCCCAGGAUCGAAAACCCACGAACCGCGUUUGAUAAGAUGCAGAGCCUUCGCAUUGAACUGCUCUAUGCACUUCAGCGGCGUGGGAACAAGGUCCAGCUGCAGGAGUUGGGCCAGGAGCCACGGGUGCAAAAAGUGAAGCAAAGCCUCCACCAGGCAAAGAAGCUCAUUGAGUUCAUCCGGAUGUUCCCUACCAAUUUUAAGGUGAGUUCAGAUGACUCUCAGAUGAUCAUCGAAGUGAUCUCACCGAGUGUUUCUGAUCAAUCCAUGAUUGAUCGAGCCCUUCAAAGGCUGAACCAGGAUUCUGGUGAUCGAGGAAAGGGCUCCAGAAAGGAUGCCCGUGGAGGCCGCGAGCCUGCUCGAGACAGAGGCAGAAGAGACCGUAGCCGUAGCAGGGGCAGAAGAGAGGCCCCACCGCCUCAUGGCUACCUGCCUCCAGGGUACGGGCCACCUCCGGGCUAUGCCCCACCCCCAGGCUAUCCAUAUGGCUAUCCAGUGCCACCGGGAUAUGGACAACCUCCACCUCAGCCAGCUUAUCCGGUGCCGGCGUAUGACUACUCCCAGCAGUAUGCACCGCCGCCGCAGGCUCCACCUGCGCAGCCAGCCGGCUACCCGCCGCCCGUGGGCUAUCCGCCACCCGCUGGCUACAGCUAUCCGCCACCGGCAGGGUAUCCUCCUCCUGGCUAUGCGCCGCCACCAGCGGGGUAUCUCAUGCCACCCUGAGAGGAGUUUAGCUCAUCGCAAGUCCCAAAGCUCAAGGAUUGAAG